AUGCUUGCGUCUCGUGUAGUGAUCAACUCAUUACUGCGUAGAAACGUAUUUUUGCAUAGCGAACCUCAUUAUGAUGGAUCAACUAUGACCAUAACUGAACAAUCUGAUAUACAAGAAUAUGGUUUAAUAAGGAAACAAGCUUUGGCUAAAAACAUUGAUACAAUUGUUGUUUCUGGAGAUAAUAUAACAGCACUUUAUUCGUUUGAAAACAUCGAUACUCUCAAAACAUUCAAGAUUACUGCCACCCAAGUCACAGAGUUACCAGAUAAUUGCUUUAAGAACUGCCUCAAACUCGAGACAGUUGAACUCUCAGAUAAAAUUACAAAGAUUGGAGAAAAUUGCUUUAUAUAUACAAAUAUUUCCAGUAUUGAUCUGAAAAACGUAAUAGAAAUAGAUGGUAAUGCCUUUAGUUAUUGCUACAAUCUCCAUCAUAUCAAACUCAAUCAGUCUAAGUUUGGUUACGAGAGUUUUUCGAACUCUGGAAUUAAAGAUGUUGAAUUUGGUUCUGGCGUUACACAAUUCGCGAUUGCAAUUUUCAGGAAUUGCUUGAAUCUUGAAACCAUUACAAUUCCAAGCCAAAUCACUGAAAUAUCUCCAUAUUCAUUCCAAUAUUGCUCAAAAUUGACAACAGUCAAAUUUGCUGAUCAAUCAAAGCUGCAGUUAAUUGGAGAAGGUGCAUUUGAAUACACAAACAUCAACAGCAUUGUUUUCCCAAGCGAUUUAACUAAACUUGAAAUAUCUUGUUUCGCACAUACAAAAGUCAAGGAACUUAAAUUGACUAAUGAAUAUUUAGUUCUCACAAGCAAAGUAGGGAUGCGACGAUUUUACGCCAUGACCGUUUAA